UUUAGAGCAAGAACAACAUGCCAACUUGUUUGGAAUCUUUUAAUUUAUCGAGAAAUUAUUACUAUAAUGUCAUAUAUACAGUAAAUAGUAAAUGGAAUUAUAAAAUGUGAUUAACUGUACCUAAAACUCUACUUGCCUGUUAAAUUGAUAGAAAAUCCCAUUUAAAUUGUCUGUGCCUGCAGAAAGUGCCAGACUGGUCAUGGACGAAACUGCAUGUAAAGUACAAGAUCCGGAUGCAGUACUAUUGAAAGAAGGGAUCCUGAGUGCUGAAGAGCUUUUCAAAUAUCGUAGACCCCUGGACAAGUCUGUACCAAACAGAGGAGGGGCUAAGGACUUUGAGCCUGACGGAUCCUUUCUUCAAUCCAAGUGGAUAGAAUCCCUCAGCCAGGAAAGGUCAAAGGUCCUAAGGGAGCAAAGAGUUGAACGAGAAGGUGGUUUGGUGAAGGGAGACUGGAACAAAGACCUCCAGCUGGUUGAACUUGAACGGGAAAUGGGGAAGUUUUGGACUUAUAUGGGAUUUGUAGACAGCAGUAGGAAAUGGUUGUUUCCCGAGGAGGCACUGUUUCUUAUGGAAACUAACACACUGGUGGUGAAUUAUAAAGGUUUACCACUCAGCAUCCAGCAGGCAUAUGCUGCGUUCUUAGGAACUGUUUCCAUGACAACGGAGUGUUACCAAGUAUAUGCCCACCUAAGGAGACUUGGCUAUGUUGUGCUGCGACAUCAAGGAUGCCUAGACAUCACAACAUAUGAAAGAAAAAUUCAUCUAGACCAGCAUGUUAAAACAGACAAAAAGAAAAGAAAACACAAGGGGGACAAAACAUCCAAUAUCCCCGGUCUAGGUAAAGAUCACAAGAAGGUCAAGGUCACUUCUGAAGACUCGGAUCAGGAAAUGUUGAAAGAACAGCUGGAGUGUGUUCAUCCAGAUAAGUGUGUAUCACAGAUGGAAGUGGAUAGACCAGCUACAGCUGAAGUAGUGAUUGAUGAUAGGCCACAUGACAAGGAUGUGUCAAACACUAGUGCGAUGGAUGAUCUACCCGAUACAGGGGACAGUGAGUUGACAGAAGAGUCGGAUCCAUUAAGUGUACCAUACUCAGUGUGGGAGUUUGACAAGUUAGGUUUCCCUGACAUUGGAGGUGUGGAAGUGUUGGAACUACAGAUGCCCAGACUUGACCUACUUCCACAUGGUGUAGAUCUAAGUAAUGCAUCAACCACAUUUGAUGUCCGGGCAUAUUUUUCACAGCAAAGAAAACACCAUAAAAAGCAUCGCAGACAACAGAGGCAGGAGAGUGUAGAAAAUUUAGAAUUUUCCUAUUCAGAAAUGAUUCAUAAAAAGAAGAAAAUAACUGCCUCAAAUUGGGGAGAGUUUAAAAGGAAGAUGGCAAUCAGAGACUUGGAAGAUGAACGUAUGCUAGUUUCUCCAGCCGAGUGUCUUUGGGAAGGGGAGAUAACCCCACUAGUAAAACCAAGUGAUGCUACAUCCACAGGCAGUAUUCUGAACAAGUUGCAUAUUAUUGAAAGUGUCAAUCUUCCAAUGAAACCAAGGUACCAGGACACACCUGUUACUCUACCUGGUGGAACAGUUUUUGAUGUUUACCUGCCUGAUGCCAAGUUCAGAAAGUCAAGGCCAGGAGUUCCAAACUACAGAGUGUGUGUUUCAAAGAUUCAUGAAAGUCCACCAAGUCUUCAACAAAUUGUGAGUACUCAAGGAUCAUUUCCGGAUGGUGUUCCAGUCAGCUGGGCAGUGCUUGAUCAUGGAGAUAUAGCCUUCUAUCAGUUUUCUGACAUCUGUCUCCCACAGGAAGUGUCAAUGGGGUAGGGACCAGACUGGACUAGCGAGGUAUAGAGACCACAGACAUCUGUCUCCCACAGGAAGUGUCAAUGGGGUAGGGACCAGACUGGACUAGUGAGGUAUAGAGACCACAGACAUCUGUCUCCCACAGGAAGUGUCCAUGGGGUAGGGACCAGACUGGGCUGGUGAGGUAUAGAGUCCACAGACAUCUGUCUCCCACAGGAAGUGUCCAUGGGGUAGGGGCAUCACAGGAAUAGUGAGGUAUAGAGAUCACAGACGUCUGUCUCCCACAGGAAGUGUCAAUGGGGUAGGGACCAGACUGGACUGGUGAGGUAUAGAGACCACAGACAUCUGUCUCCCACAUGAAGUGUCAAUGGGGUAGAGGCCAGACUGGACUAGUGAGGUAUAGAGACCACAGAUGUCUGUCUCCCACAGGAAGUGUCCAUGGGGUAGGGACCAGACAGGACUAGUGAGGUAUAGAGACCACAGACAUCUGUCUCCCACAGGAAGUGUCAAUGGGGUAGGGACCAGACUGGACUAGUGAGGUAUAGAGACCACAGACAUCUGUCUCCCACAGGAAGUGUCAAUGGGGUAGAGACCAGACUGGACUAGUGAGGUAUAGAGACCACAGACAUCUGUCUCCCACAGGAAGUGUCAAUGGGGUAGGGACCAGACUGGGCUGGUGAGGUAUAGAGACCACAGACAUCUGUCUCCCACAGGAAGUGUCCAUGGGGUAGGGACCAGACUGGACUGGUGAGGUAUAGAGACCACAGACAUCUGUCUCCCACAGGAAGUGUCCAUGGGGUAGGGACCAGACUGGACUAGUGAGGUAUAGAGACCACAGACAUCUGUCUCCCACAGGAAGUGUCAAUGGGGUAGGGACCAGACUGGACUAGUGAGGUAUAGAGACCACAGACAUCUGUCUCCCACAGGAAGUGUCAAUGGGGUAGAGACCAGACUGGACUAGUGAGGUAUAGAGACCACAGACAUCUGUCUCCCACAGGAAGUGUCAAUGGGGUAGGGACCAGACUGGGCUGGUGAGGUAUAGAGACCAGACAUAUGUCUCCCACAGGAAGUGUCAAUGGGGUAGGGACCAGACUGGACUAGUGAGGUAUAGAGACCACAGACAUCUGUCUCCCACAGGAAGUGUCCAUGGGGUAGGGACCAGACUGGACUAGCGAGGUAUAGAGACCACAGACAUCUGUCUCCCACAGGAAGUGUCAAUGGGGUAGGGACCAGACUGGACUUGUGAGGUAUAGAGACCAGACAUAUGUCUCCCACAGGAAGUGUCAAUGGGGUAGGGACCAGACUGGACUAGUGAGGUAUAGAGACCACAGACAUCUGUCUCCCACAGGAAGUGUCCAUGGGGUAGGGACCAGACUGGACUAGCGAGGUAUAGAGACCACAGACAUCUGUCUCCCACAGGAAGUGUCAAUGGGGUAGAUACCAGACAGGAAUAGUGAGGUAUAGAGACCACAGACAUCUGUCUCCCACAGGAAGUGUCCAUGGGAAAGGGACCAGACUGGACUAGUGAGGUAUAGAGACUACAAACAUCUGUCUCCCACAGGAAGUGUCAAUGGGGUAGGGACCAGACUGGACUAGUGAGGAAUAGAGACCACAGAUGUCUGUCUCCCACAGAAAGUGUCAAUGGGGUAGGGACCAGACUGGACUAGUGAGGUAUAGAGACCACAGACAUCUGUCUCACACAGGAAGUGUCAAUGGGGUAGGGACCAGACUGGACUAGUGAGGUAUAGAGACCACAGACAUCUGUCUCCCACAGGAAGUGUCAAUGGGGUAGGGACCAGACUGGACUAGUGAGGUAUAGAGACCACAGACAUCUGUCUCCCACAGGAAUUGUCAAUGGGAAAGGGACCAGACUGGACUAGUGAGGUAUAGAGACUACAGACAUCUGUCUCCCACAGAAAGUGUCAAUGGGGUAGGGACCAGACUGGACUAUUGAGGUAUAGAGACCACAGACAUCUGUCUCCCACAGGAAGUGUCAAUGGGGUAGGGACCAGACUGGACUAGUGAGGUAUAGAGACCACAGACAUCUGUCUCCCACAGGAAGUGUCAAUGGGGUAGGGACCAGACUGGACUAGUGAGGUAUAGAGACCACAGACAUCUGUCUCCCACAGGAAUUGUCAAUGGGAAAGGGACCAGACUGGACUAGUGAGGUAUAGAGACUACAGACACCUGUCUCCCACAGGAAGUGUCAAUGGGGUAGGGACCAGACUGACUAGUGAGGUAUAGAGACCACAGACAUCUGUCUCCCACAGGAAGUGUCAAUGGGGUAGGGACCAGACAGGACUAGCUAAGUAUAGAGACUACAGACAUCUGUCUCCCACAGGAAGUGUCAAUGGGGUAGGGACCAGACAGGACUAGCUAAGUAUGGAGACCACAGACAUCUGUCUCCCACAGGAAGUGUCCAUGGGGUAGGGACCAGACUGGACUUGUGAGGUAUAGAGACCACAGACAUCUGUCUCCCACAGGAAGUGUCAAUGGGGUAGGGACCAGACUGGACUAGUGAGGUAUAGAGACCACAGACAUCUGUCUCCCACAGGAAGUGUCCAUGGGGUAGGGACCAGACAGGAACAGUGAGGUGUAGAGACCACAGAUGCAUGUCUCCCACAGGAAGUGUCAAUGGGGUAGGGACCAGACUGGACUAGUGAGGUAUAGAGACCACAGCCAUCUGUCUCCCACAGGAAGUGUCAAUGGGGUAGGGACCAGACUGGACUAGUGAGGUAUAGAGACCACAGAUGUCUGUCUCCCACAGGAAGUGUCCAUGGGGUAGGGACCAGACUGGGCUGGUGAGGUAUAGAGACCACAGACAUCUGUCUCCCACAGGAAGUGUCCAUGGGGUAGGGACCAGACUGGACUAGUGAGGUAUAGAGACCACAGACAUCUGUCUCCCACAGGAAGUGUCAAUGGGGUAGGGACCAGACUGGACUAGUGAGGUAUAGAGACCACAGACAUCUGUCUCCCACAGGAAGUGUCCAUGGGGUAGGGACCAGACUGGACUAGUGAGGUAUAGAGACCACAGACAUCUGUCUCCCACAGGAAGUGUCCAUGGGGUAGGGGCCAGACAGGACUAGUGAGGUAUAGAGACUACAGACAUCUGUCUCCCACAGGAAGUGUGAAUGAGAAUUGCCUAUGCAUAUUACAGAAGCAAUAAAUACAUAUAUAUAAGGAGAAUUCUAUACAUCCUAUAUAGUAUAACUUACAUAACACUUAUCAAACAAUUUGUAUGACAAACUGAAUAGCACCAGUUACAGAUGUAAAAUCUGUGAGAAAUCAUAUGGAAGAUAAGAAAAUAAAUCACUAUCUAAGACCAUCCUUUUCCAGCACAGAGACAGAAAUUCAGGUCAUGGUCACUACUACCCUAAUAGAUAUUAAUUGUCACUACUUUGUUGAAUUUGAAAGUUUCUUUUCAACAAAAAAAUCAUUUUUUGUUGAAUUCUAUUUGAAAAUAAAUUCAUAUUUAAAAGUUUG